AUGCCACCCACUUCAGGAGAUGAGCGUGCACAGUCUUUUCAAGCCCAACAACGUGCAUCUGAACAACUUACAGCCGAAGAGCGUGAGCGUGAACGGGAAAUGUCUAAUCUUGAUCGUUUUCUGAAAAUAAAACCCUUACAGUUUUACGAUACCUCUGAGACAGAUAAAGCAGAAACUUGGAUGAAGCACAUUAAGAAGAAGCUACGCACACUGCAUAUGCCACCAGAAUACCAAAUCAACUUGGCUACUCAUGUAUUCGAGGGUCAGGCUGAUACUUGGUGGGAAACAAUAUGUGAUCGAUACAAUGUUGCAAGGAUGACCUGGGAGGAAUUUGAAAAGCAUUUCUAUGAUCAGUAUUUUCCUCCAGCCUUGAGACAAACAAAAGUGAAGCAAUUUCAGCAACUUGAAUAG